UGAUUUUCUGUCUCCAAAGAUGGUAGAAAAAGGACUCUACUAAAAAAAGUUAUUUAGGUUAAAUUUGGAGAAAUUUUGGGUGUUGAUUAAAAAGUAAAACUCUAAAACUUAAUUUCUAGGGCCGCAACAAAUUAAAUGGUUUUCGUGUCGUCUUCCUGGAUCCACCGUAAUCAAGGACAAAUUACUCCCAUCAGAAACUUUGCUGUUUACGGAGGAAAAGCACAAAACAAAAAAAACAUCAGUUUUCUUGUCACAGCGAGUUGUGGGUUGGACAGAUUCACAGCAGGAAAUAAACCACAACUAGAGAAAUCCUCAACCUGCGCACAUUCAUCCAUGCGCCGGAUUCUGCCUCGAAAUGCCCGCUGCAACUUCCGACACCAGCAAAAUCACUGACUAUGAUGCGGCGACCGCCUUCCUGGGAGAAUGGGGACCUUUCCAGCGGCGGGUCGUUUUCCUCCUCUGCCUGAGCUUCAUUCCUAAUGGACUCACUGCGCUGUCUGUGGUGUUUCUGGCCGACACGCCGGAUCACCGCUGCGCGCUGCCCGCGCACCUGAACCUCAGCGCGGCGUGGAGGAACAACAGCAUCCCGCUGGAGGAGGAUGCGAACCGCGACGGCGCUUUGGUGCCCAGCAAGUGCUCCAGAUACAAAGUGGAGAAUUUAUUGAAUUACUCGGAGAGAGGCUUGCUGCCUGGAGCCGACGUUAAUCUGUCUAAUGUGCCGAAAGAAGGCUGUCUGGACGGAUGGGAGUUUGACCACAGCGUGUAUACUUCUACCAUCGUCUCUGAGUGGGACCUGGUGUGUGACCAAAGCUGGAAGAAGCCCCUCACUACUUCUUUGUUUUUCGGUGGCAUUCUUGCUGGCUCCUUCGUUUCAGGACAGCUCUCCGACAGAUUUGGGAGGAAAAUGGUGAUGUUUGGUACCAUAGGACUGCAAGUAGUCACAACACUGAUUCAGAUUUUCUCUUCAAGCUGGAUCAUGUUUGUCGUUUUGUAUUUUCUUCUUGCAGUGGAACAAAUUUCCAAUUACGUGGUUGCAUUUGUUCUAGGAGCAGAAAUUUUAGGUCCUCAGGUCCGAACUUUUUUCUCCACUGCUGGAGUGUGUCUUUUCUUCGCGGUGGGCUACACACUCCUACCUUUGUUUGCAUUCUUUGUGAGAGACUGGAGGAUGCUUCAGGUGGGCUUCAUGUUGGCUGGCAGCGUUUGUUUGCCCCUCUUCUGGUUCAUCCCAGAGUCGCCUCGCUGGUUGCUUUCCCAGGGUAGAGUCGAGGAAGCCGAGGUCAUCAUCCGGAAUGCUGCCAAGAUGAACAGGAUUGAAUCUCCACCCGUCAUCUUUAGCCCUCUGAAGAAUGAAGGCAGGACUGGAGAGACGAGAGUGCACAACAUCUGUGACCUUCUUCGUUCUCCAAACAUCCGAUGGCUCUCUGUCACGCUGUGGCUGGUCUGGUUAUACGCCUACACUGCAGAGCUGUACCCCACUGUGCUGAGGAACACGGCUGUCGGCGCCUGCUCCACGGCCUCCAGAAUUGGCAGCAUUAUUGCUCCAUACUUCAUUUACUUACGAACCUACUCUGUAUCCCUGCCGUACAUCAUAGUGGGAAGCCUCACAGUUUUGACUGGACUGCUGAGUCUGCUCCUCCCUGAGAGCUUUGGGAUGCCGCUGCCUGACACCAUCAGCCAAAUGCAAAGGUUUCCUGGAUGUUGCCAGAAAAGACCUUACGUCCUCUCCAGCACUGAGGCAGAGGAAAACGCUGCUGAAGAAAAGUCUCCAGCCAGACAGCUGUAAAUUCUGUGGAGUAAAAACUGCACAGAAAAGAUGUAAAAUAACACAGAUUCAAGUUAUGGAAAUCUGCUGUUCUAUACAUAAACAAUAGGUUUACUUAAAGGGUCUUCUAAUUCUGAGGUUGCACUAGACACUUUUGUUAAAAAAGACAAAAGAACAGUCCUUUCUAAAUCCUUUCUCCUCCCUUUCUUUAUGUACAUAGAGUAACCAACUGAAUAUGUUGAAGUGAUGAACUCAGGGAGAACUAAGGAUGACGUUUCCUUAAGUUCACAAAUUUUAAGACACAGAAACUUUAGUUUAACAUAAACAACAAUAAAACUAUUGAGGAAGGUGGGAUGUCCAAUGUAAUUCAGAAGAAAUCACUUCUGGAAAUGUUGAAAAAAACAGAAUUUAAAGCUGAACCAGCAACACUCAGUCACAGAGGACUGUCUGGUAACACGGCUGGCUCUGAGGCUUCAGCUUUUUGGAUGCAGGGACAUUUGGUCCUGUGGUGGAAAAACAAGACAAGUGAGCAAAAGCAAGAUGAGUUCACCAUAUGACACACACACACACACACACACGCACACACACACGCACACACACCUACACACGUUUCUGUGAAGGUUUGCCGACAAAAUUGCAGCCAACAUUUAGAGGUGGAGCAGCUAGUAGUUGUUUACAUCACACCCUGCGCUCCAGCGCCAUCCACUGGUUGAUUCUCAUCAUUACAUACUAUCGACUGAGUGUGAUGCAAAUUUGUUAAGUUACAAAUAUCUAAAUAAAAAAGCAAUUUUGUUAUUUUUUCAGUAUGUGUCUUUAUGCCUCUGCUUGCCUGUCAGUUUGGUUUGAGGAUUAAAAACCCUGCAUGUUACAUUAUACUGCACUGUAUUCUUGUGUGGAAGAACUGACCGAAAUACAGUUGAAACCAGA